AUGUUCAUUCACCUUUCCUUUCAUUUAAUACUUUCAUAUUUUCUUUUUUUCUCUCUCUCUCUUCUUCAGACACUCACUUCAUUUCCAUUGCUUUUCUUUCUUUCUUUCUUUUUCGGACAUGUCUUCAUUUACUUACCUUUUCUUUCUUCUUUUCUUUCUUUCUUUUUCAGAUACAUCUCCAUUUCCUUUUCUUUUCUUUUCUUUCUUUCUUUCUUUCUUUUUCAGACACGUCUUCAUUUCCUUUUCUUAUUUUCUUCCUUUCUUUCUUACCUUUUUCUUUCUUAUCUACUAUUCAUUUUAACUAUUUUUCUUUUUUCUUUCAUUUUCCUGUUCUUCUACGUUUCAUUUUUUCUAUCUUUCUUUCAUUCUUUCUUUCCUUCCUUUUUUGUUUCUUUCAUUGUUUGCUUCUUUCAUUCACUUAAUCUUCUUUCUUUCUUUUUUCGUUCUUUCUUUCUUUCAUUCAUUCAUUCUUUCUUUCUUUCUCAUAUUCUUUCUUUUUUCUUCUUUUCUUUCAUUCUUUGUUCUUUUUCAUAUCUAUCUAUCUAUCUAUCUAUCUAUCUAUCUAUCUAUCUAUCUAUCUAUCUAUCUAUCCCUGUUUCUUCAAACCUACCUCUUAUCUGUUAUUUUCAGUCACUCCAUAUUAUCUAA